AAUCAGCAGCGCCGUGUGACGCGGAAGUGCAAUGGCGGCGAAUAGAGCGGGUGUGGAGUCCGGCAAAGAGAGUAAACAAGGCAUUAACCCCAGCGGACAAACGAGUCCUAAUGAGGAGCUGAAAAGCUCUUUCAAAGACUGUUUCUCUUCCCUCCUCGACUCCAUCGCCGAGUUCGGUCCUGAGCUCAAAGUAUGUGCUAGAGUGUUAAGCAUCACUGCCAACGUGAACGCUGUUAACUUCUCUGACCUGAAGUCAUCCCAUGUGUACAACUGUUUACAAUGGCACAUUGCCAAGUUACAGGUAAUAUCUUCAAAUCUUAAACAAAUCGUGGAAUCAGAGAGCCUGUCUACCUCAGUGAAUAGUAAAACAACAGUAACAUCUAGCAACGAGCUAGCAACAACAUCUGAACAAGAGAUGGAGGUAGUGCACGUUCCAACCACAUCACAAGAUCACACUGCCUCCAUAAAAACUGCAAAGGCCCAGGUUGAUGACAGCAGUGUUCAGAUCAAAGCUGGGAAAGCUGAGAUUGAACGCAGGAUAUCUGCAUUUAUAGAGCGCAAACAGCUGGAGAUCAAUGAAAACAAUGUGCGGGAGUUUUGCAAUGUGAUCGACUGCAAUCAGGAAAACAGCUGUGCCAGAACAGAUGCUGUCUUCACACCAUAUCCUGGAUUCAAGAGUCAUGUCAAAGUGACACGAGUGGUGAAUACAUAUGGCCCCCAGACUAGAGGGGGGCGCUCUGAACAGGGAGAACAGCCAGGCUCAUUCAGCAGAGACUGUGGAAACCCCGCCAUUGAAGAGCGACUGCACAACAUAGAGGCUCACCUGAAGCUAACAGCAGCAGGUCCUGUACCACAGAGCAUUUACCAGCGGCUGAAGAAGCUAGAGGAUCGAAUUCUGGAGCUUGAGGGUCUUUCCCCAGAGUACUUCCACUCCACAAGUUACUCACACAAACGUCCAAAAGCUUCAGUUUCUCAGAGCUACAGCUUGACUGAGUUGGAUGGGAAGAUCAACGCAGUUAAAUCUGCCUUGUUAAAGAGAGCGAGCGAGUUCCAGGCCACAGAAGUGAGGGAGUUUCCAUUUUGAAACAUUUGUCCAUGUACAUUCAAAAGGCAUUCACUCCUUAAACACAGACUUUACAUGCUUACUCCCCUUUCAGAGUCAUGUGAAUCUGCAAUGAGGACCAGUAUAAUUUUUUUUGUUAUCUUUGUUUGAUGUGUAGGUGGACAGCUAUCUUGGCUCACAGUUUGAAGUAGUGACUGAGAGAACAAAUCCAUGCUGUCUUUUUUCAUUUUUGUAAAUAUAUAUUUUCUGUAAGACA